AUGAUCGCUAACGGUUCCGAACAAGACUGGUUGUGCAUUGCUGGGACAACCUUGACCGUUGUUCUCAAGGCUUGGGUGAGCGAUCGUACUUACCAAUCAACGUUGGCACACGCGUCCAAGCCCAAGUUCUUGAUUGUCCGAAACUUUUCCCUUGAAGUUAGCACUACAAGUCAAGGCAAUUACCAAGAACGCGGUCAAAAGGAUUUAAAACACAUCAACGUAAUCAAGCCAAAAAUCGCAAAGAGCCCAAUAUCUCGCAAACCUCAUUUUAAGGAUACCUCCGUUGUCAAAACAACCAUUGUUCCCACAGCAACAUCUACAAGCACUGAUGGCCGACCCAACGCGCAGCAAACGAUCGAAACAUAUGUCAAAACAUACAUGGCGUCGGAAAAAGAACCCUCUUUGCGAGAUUUUCUAGACACAUGCAUCAGCGAAGCGGCUGCAACCACCGAUUCGCGUACGGAUGUCAAGCGUGUUUGGACUAAGAGAUACCAAACAGUAGCGAAGCAGUUGAACGUCGACAACAUAGUAGAUAAAAAUAUCGACUGGGACGACAUCAAAGCACAAGUUGAAAGCAUCAAGAAAGAACAGUGCAAAUCAAAAAGAAGCAGACCCACCACAUCAACAGAGACAUCGAAAAGUGGCUCGUGGGAAUUGACAGCCGAAGCAAAAGACCGCUUCAUCAAAGAUUCUCAAAGCAUGGAAGAAGACAAGAAGUGGUUGUUGCAAACUAAGGAAGACGGUACCAAAGUCUACCUGGAAGACAUCAUGUUUCAAUACCGAAUGGAGUGCGAUUAUGAGCAGUGGAUUCAAGAAAAACAAAAACAGGAAGCCGCUGCACGAGAAGCCAGACACUGUGAGCAAGAGAAAGAACGUCAGUCGGAGGAAGAGCAGAUGCGAAAAGAACAAGAGGUGCGGGCGCAAAAACGGAGGAAAGAAGAGGCAGAGGUCUUGGAACGUCGAAGAAAGAAAAUCGAGGAACAUGAAAGGCGCGAACGCGAAUUAGCGCUCAAGCGAGAAGCGGAAGAAAAGGCAGUUGAAAAGCACCUUUACAAAGGACAAGGCAGGAAGCAGAACGUGCGGCUAGGGAAAUACGGCUUCGUCAAGAAGAGAUCGAAUGAAGGUUUUUUUUAA